GUCAUAUUCAGAAACCCACCCCAUUUAGCGGUCCGAAAUUUUCUACUCCUACCCCUACGCCUGCUAAAAGAAGCAGGUUUUCAAGUACUCUAAAAACCUCCUUCCCACUUUCCCGCUGGGUAUCUGUGAGAUAGUAUCGGUGUUUCUUUUUUUAUGUGUGCAUGUGUGUGUGUGUGUGUUGUCUUGCCGCGGAGAAGUCCAAUUGUCAACAGUCAACAAUUGCAUACAUCUAACUCGAGAGCCUCCAAUUUCCAAAGGGAAAGGAAGCACUUAAGACCCAUAUAGAUAUAUAGAUAUAUGUAUAUAUAUUCAUAACUCCACGAUCCGAUCAUCCGAUCGAUGCGAAUUGCAUGGGUCCAACCAGCGGACAGUCAGAACACAGUGAAAACGGCGAAAAAGAGGAAAAAGUGCUAACCCAGCGAUCGACGACGGCAACUCGAUCGGUCAGAGGAACAGAGAUUUCCAUGAACGGAAUUAACUAAAUCGACGGAUUUGGGUUCGGAUAGCCACGGAUAUUACAAUGAUGUUCCAGCACACGAUGACGAAGCGCAAGACGCUGAUCAUCGCCUGUUUCGGAAUUGUUUUGGGACUGUGCAUCGGGACCGUGCUGAAGAACUACCGGGCACUGGAGAUCGUGAAGCGGUGCAGCCUGCGACCCACGAACUUGAAGUCGCCGGCGGAGAUAAUUGGACUGCGGGAGGAGGACACCAUCCAGAACUCGCAGAGGAACCUCGUCUUCGUGGGCGUGAUGACGGCCAAGAGCUUCCUGGAGGGCAGGGCACGAGCGGUCUACGAUACGUGGGGCAAGGAGGUGCCGGGACGGAUGGCCUUCUUCAGUUCGGAGGGCAGCUACUCGGAGGACCUCCCGGUGGUGGGACUGAAGAACGUGGACGAUCGCUAUCCGCCGCAGAAGAAGUCCUUCAUGAUGCUGUACUACAUGUACGAGCACUACAUCGAUCGGUUCGAGUGGUUCAUCCGGGCGGACGACGACGUCUACAUGGAGCCGGCCAAGCUGGAGCGCUUCCUGCGCUCCAUCGACAGCUCCAAGCCGCAGUUCAUCGGGCAGGCGGGCAAGGGCAACAGCGAGGAGUUCGGCCUGCUCUCCCUGGAGUUCGACGAGAACUUCUGCAUGGGCGGGCCCGGGGUGAUCCUCAGCAGCGAGACGCUCCGCCGCGUGGCGCCCCACAUCCCCACCUGCCUGAAGAACCUCUACAGCACCCACGAGGACGUCGAGGUGGGCCGGUGCGUCCAGAAGUUCGCCGGCAUUCCCUGCACCUGGAACUACGAGAUGCAGUACAUCCUGCGGCACAACUCGAGUGGCCGAAAUGCCUACACUGGAAAACUGAAGCGGAAGGAGAUCCACAACGCCAUCACCCUGCAUCCGAUCAAACAGGCGCCACUCAUGUACCGACUCCACUCCUACGUUCAGGGCCUGAAAGCCGAGGAGAUGCGACAGGAAUCGCUGCUCCUGCAUCGGGAUAUCAAGCGGAUGGCCAAGUACCUCGAGGUUCCCGACGAGAGCACCUACAUGCUGCCCAGUGUCUCGCCGGAAAGCGAUUCGGGCAAGAGGCACUUCCAGGACCACAACAUAUUGGGAAUCAGUCCGGAGUUAAACAAAUUCGUGCCGGGGAGCACCGAGGACCUGCUGGACUGGUCCUUCAUCGCCAGGAGCCUGUACUCGGCCAGCUCGGCCAAUCCCAAGCAGAAGAUCGACUCGGCGAUGCGGGAGGGACUCGAGGACGUCAUCACCGAGGUGAUGGAGAACAUCAACAACUAUUCCCGGCAGCGGGGACGCGUGAUCGAGUUCCGGGAGCUGCUCUACGGCUACCAUCGGCUGGACGCCCUGCAUGGCCAGGACCUGAUCCUCGACCUGCUGCUCAUCUACAAGAAGUACCGCGGCAAGAAGAUGACGGUGCCGGUGCGAAGGCAUCUCUACGUGCAGAGGGCAUUCACCGGGAUCUUCGUCAAGGAGGUCGACGAGGACUUCUACAACGUCACCCUGCAACAGAGUCUCCUGGGCAGCCUCUUCCAGAACGGAAUGGCCCGGCUGAGCAGCCACUUCACGAUGCCCAGCGGACUGCUGCCGCCGACGCAGGACAAGAUCGUGUUCGUCCUGCCGAUCGCCGGUCGGCUGGGAACCUUCGAGCGAUUCCUGCGCACCUACGAGCGGGUUUGUGUGCGCGGGGAUCAGCACUGCGACCUGCUGGUGGUGAUCUUCGGCUCCCCGGACGAGCUGGGCGAUCAUCUGCAGCUGCUGCACGACCUGCACGCCCGCCAUGUCUACCAGCAGGUGAACUGGAUCCAACGGAGCAGCGCCUUCUCGCGCGGCGUGGCCCUGGAUGUGGCGGCCAGGUCGUCGUACAUCCGGCAGGAGGACAUCAUCCUCUUCAUCGACGUGGACAUGGUGUUCGAGGUGGAGACCCUGCAGCGGGUGAGGAUGCACACGCAGCGCGGCAAGCAGGUGUACCUGCCCAUUGUCUUCAGCCAGUACGAUCCGCAGAGGAGGAGUGGCGGUGAAUCCACUUCCGGUGAGGGGGAAUCCCCAAGGAUCGACGACGAGCGUGGCUACUUCCGGCAGUUCGGAUUCGGCAUUUGCGCCAUUUACAAGUCGGACAUUCUGGACGAGGACAUCAACGGGUUCGACAAGGACAUCACUGGCUGGGGCCUGGAGGAUGUCAAGUUCCUGGAGAAGAUCGUGCGAGUGGGCACCAGGCAGAGGGGCUUCCUGGCCAACACCGCCGAGCUGGCGAUGGAUUACAACGAGGCCGCCGAACAGUGGCGACGCCUGAGCGUUUUCCGAGCUCCCGAUCCCACGCUGGUCCACAUCUACCACGACAUCAGCUGCGAUGUCCAGUUGGACGCACCGCAAUACAACAUGUGCCUGGGCACCAAGGCCAAUUCGAUUGGUAGCACCAGGCUGAUGGAGCAGCUGUUCCACAGCAGUCCGCAGAACGUCCAGUUUGCCGCCGACUUCAAUCUCCAAAAGCAACAGCAGCAGCAACAGCCGCAACAGCAGCAAGCGCAGCAGCAGCAGCAGCAAGCGCAGCAGGCCAGGUGAUGACUCAAGUGAUCCCAUCCAUAUCCAGUGAUCCCCGCCAGCGAUCCUGCCACAUAGUAUUAUGCUAGAUGUUUCCUAAACGAGUGCGUGUAAGCCAGUCGGUAUGCCAAAUCAAUUCGUUAGUCCCUACUACUAAGCUAGACUAACUAAUUCUAGAAGGUUAAACAACUUGUACAUUUGUAGGAUGAAAUAUAGCUACCGAUCCAAAAUUUAAGUAGCGUAAUUAUACAAAAAUAAUCGUUAUUGAUAACAUAAAUUAAUAAUAUUCACUAGAUAGUUUGUAUAUACUUGCAUUAAUACAAAUUAAAUUACUUUUUAACUACAGGUCACGAAAUCGAUGUUUCCAAUUUAAAUCAAAAUUGAGUUAUUCGAUAAGAAAACUUGCAUGGAAAUUAACAAAAAUAAAUUGCAUGAACAGUAAAUAUUUAACAUUAUUAUCCAAAGGCAAUUUAAAAUAAAAUAAAAGCUUAAAGCCCAUUAUACAAAGGUGAAAGAAAUGCAUUAUUGUAACUGAUAAUUAGGAGCUUACUUUUGUUGACUUAAUUAGGAAUACUAUUUUCCAAAAACCAAAAAUGUGUUAACAUGCAUUCACAAGUGAACUGAACACUUGAUUUUCCAUUUAAAUAAACGACUUAAUUUAAAAAAAAA